AAAUUACCGCUUCUUUGUUCGUCACACCUUGUGGCCGUGUUCGAGGGAAUCAAAACUGCCGACUGCAUGAUCUACAAAUCACCCUGCAUCAUAAAUAGCAACUCAUUAUGAUUUGUAGAUCAGUCGGGCAGUCACAAUUUACCCAUGAUGCAUUGCGGUUGCGAUCCUCUCGAACACGGCCAUUGUGGGAAGUGGUGGUGCUGAAGAGGCAACAACGAAGAUGGCGUGCUGUGGGAAUUGCUUAUGUUGUCACUGUUGCUGCAGGGAUGAAGAUACCCGAACACCAGAGGAACUGACUAUUCUUGGGGAAACUCAAGAUGAAGAGGAUGAGAUCCUUCCAAGGAAAGAUUAUGAGAGCCUGGAUUAUGACAGGUGCAUCAAUGAACCAUAUGUUGAAGUUCUGGAGGAGAUGAACAACAAGAGAGCCAAAAAGUAUGAAGCUGUGAGGUGGAUGCUGGUGUUUGCCAUUGGAGUUUCAGUAGGCCUGGUGGGUGUUUUUGUGGACUUUUUUGUACGCCUUUUCACUCAGCUCAAAUUCAACUUGGUGGGAAAAUCUGUGGAGGAGUGCAGCGAGAAAGGCUGCCUGGCUCUUUCACUUCUUGAGCUACUGGCCUUCAAUAUGAUGUUCAUCUUCAUCGCCAGUGUGUUGGUCCUCAUUGAGCCUGUAGCUGCAGGCUCGGGAAUCCCUGAGAUCAAGAGCUACCUGAACGGAGUAAAGAUACCUGGAAUAGUCCGGCUACGGACUUUCGUCUGCAAGGCUAUCGGAGUCCUCUUUACCGUAUCCGGAGGUCUGUUUGUGGGGAAGGAGGGUCCAAUGAUCCACAGUGGAGCCAUCGUGGGAGCCGGACUCCCUCAGUUUCAGAGCAUCACUUUCAAGAAGAUCAACUUUGACUUCCCCUACUUCCGCAGUGACAGGGACAAGCGGGACUUUGUGUCGGCGGGGGCGGCGGCUGGGGUGGCGGCUGCGUUUGGGGCACCAAUAGGGGGCACCCUCUUCAGCUUGGAGGAGGGCUCCUCGUUCUGGAACCAGGCGCUCACCUGGAAAGUGCUCUUCUGCUCCAUGUCUGCUACGUUCACCCUCAACUUCUUCCGCUCGGGGAUCAACUACAACAAAUGGGGCUCGUUCCAGCUACCUGGCCUGCUCAACUUUGGAGAGUUCAAGUGUUCAGACGGGGAUAAGAAGUGCCACCUGUGGACGGCGGUUGACCUGGCCUUCUUUGUCCUGAUGGGGGUGGCGGGAGGGCUGCUGGGGGCCUUCUUUAACUGUAUCAACAAGAGGCUGGCCAAGUACCGCAUGAGACACGUCCACCCCAAGGCCAAGUUUGUCAGGGUUCUAGAAAGUCUGCUGGUUGCCAUGGUGACCACGGUGGUGAUCUUUGUGGCAUCCAUGACAUUGGGUGAAUGUCGUGACUUGGCCUCCACAAUCACCAACAACAACACGACAGCUCUGGUGUCCCUCAAUGAAGACGUCAUCAACUCUACAAUCCGCCAGUUCUUCUGCCCCAACAAGACGUACAACGACAUGGCCACUCUGUUCUUCAACCCUCAGGAGGUGGCCAUCCACCAGCUCUUCCACCAGGACGGUACAUUCAGCCCUGUGACGCUGAUUGUGUUCUUUGUGCUGUACUUUUUGUUGGCGUGCUGGACGUACGGCGUGUCGGUGCCCAGCGGCCUCUUUGUGCCCUCGCUGCUCUGUGGCGCCGCUUUUGGACGCCUGGUGGCCAACCUCCUCAAAAUCAACCUGGGGAUGGACAUCUACUCUGGGACCUUCGCUCUGAUUGGUGCAGCCGCCUUCCUGGGAGGUGUGGUCCGGAUGACCAUCAGCCUGACUGUCAUUCUCAUCGAAUCAACCAAUGAGAUCACCUACGGCUUGCCCAUUAUGAUAACCCUCAUGGUGGCCAAGUGGACGGGGGAUUUCUUCAAUAAGGGCAUCUAUGACAUCCACAUUCAUCUGAGAGGAGUGCCACUGCUGGAGUGGGAGACAGAGGUCGAGAUGGACAAACUGACGGCCAGUGACAUCAUGGAACCCAACCUGACGUACGUGUACCCCCACACGCGCAUCCAGUCCCUGGUGAGCAUCCUGCGCACCACCGUCUACCAUGCCUUCCCCGUGGUCACCGAGAACAGGGACAACGAACGGGAGUUCAUGAAGGGCAACAUCCUCAUCAGCAACAACAUCCGCUUCAAGAAAGCAAGCGUGCUGACGCGGGCCGGGGAGCAGCGGCGGCGCUGCCAGUCCAUGAAGUCAUACCCGUCCAGUGAGCUGCGCAACGUGUGUGACGACCAGUUGACGGCCGUGGUGCCUGCUAUGGAGGAGGGCCAGGACAUGCUGCAGCAGAUGCUGGAGAGGAGACAUGCACCCUACCCUAACCUGUACCCAGACCAGUCCCCUAGCGAGGAGUGGACCAUGGAGGAGCGCUUCCGACCUCUGACCUUCCACGGCAUCAUCCUGCGCUCUCAGCUGGUCAACCUGCUGAUCCGCGGUGUCUGCUACGCAGAGAACCAGUCGAGUGCCACGCAGCCGAGACUGUCGUACGCUGAGAUGACGGAGGACUACCCCCGUUUCCCAGACAUCCAUGACCUAGACUUGGCCCUUCUCAAUCCCCGCAUGAUAGUGGAUGUCACCCCGUACAUGAACCCUUCCCCCUACACAGUGUCCCCAAACACACAUGUGUCCCAAGUGUUUAACCUGUUCAGGACCAUGGGCCUUCGACACCUGCCUGUGGUCAACGCAGUAGGAGAGAUUGUGGGAAUAAUCACACGACACAAUUUAACCCACGAGUUCCUCUUGGGGAAACUCAGACAGCAUUACAUCACCAUUUGAGCUCCAAGGUCCAGUCUUUAAAGCCGUCAAGUCACCCACGUCUUGCAAUCUCUCCUUCAACUGGACCUAUACCAUACUUUUCCAUGUCUUCUCCAUUCCCCCACACUCUGUACGACACGAUGGGCACACACCUCUGUAACGAGAGGUUAGAGGAUUACUUUUGUCUGCUCCGGAGCCUCUACAGCCCAAGACAUCCUCCCUGUAUCCCAAGUGUCCACGCUUUACCAACAGACCGACUUUCUCAUCUUUAUCGCUGUAACACUCUUGUUUUGACUUCUGACUGUACACUUGAAUUUUAUGUUCUCUGUGUAUUUAAAUGUAUUAUACUAUAUAUUUGCGAAAAGAACAUUUCACUGUGCCGCCAGGGGUUUCGAUCAAAGUAGGUUUUUCCUGCAGUGUUAUCAAAAUGUCACAUUGCGGACUAUUUCUAACCUAGGCAUAUGUGUGGAGCUGCAUUAACACACAAAUUCACAAUUGCACUCGCAUAUGUUAAGCUUAACAGAGGACAGUUCAUCUCACAAAUAUUCAGGCAGCAAUGUUAUGGGUGUGUUUCGAAAGGACAGAGGAAGAUGGAGGAAUAUAGUGUAUGUCAAGACUGGAUAGAAUCGACCAAGUUUUUUUUGUUUUAAUUUUGAGUUAGAGGGUGUGGGACCAAGAAAGGUCCAGCAUAUUUUCUAGACAGAAAAGGGUGGACAUUUGUUUGUCAGUAUUAAGUACCUCUGUAAAAUCUUUGUGGAAAUGUUGCCGUUGUUCAACUUGUAGAUUCACAUUGCAGGGAACCAAUAAUGUGGUGACUUUCUGGCUAGUUUCCCCAUCCAUGUAGGUUGGGUUGGUAGUACUUUAAAGGUAGAAUCCGCAAUAUGACGUUAUCACACAACUCAAGAGAUGGUGUAAUUGUGCUUUCAAGACUGGGAACUCAGGGAAAAACAAGGUCAAAUCAGGACGUCAGUGAUCUUCAGGUCGGAAAGUCGAGGCUCUAGAAAGAGGCCCCGAGUUCCCCACUUGGAUGACCGUUCAAAACAAAUUUUUCUGGUUCCCAGUUGUCUUGUACUCACUGAAGUCGAAAGUCAGACAUUUUCGAGUUCCCAGUUGUUUUGAACGCAGCAUAAAUUAGGAUAAGCCAGUAAUGUCUAAGUUGAUGUGUGUAAGUAGGGCGUUUGCCCACUGUCUCUUAGGGGUGUAAUGGUUCACCAAACCCACGCUUCAGUACAUAUUGCGGUUUUGGGGUCAUGGUUCGGUCUCGGUGUAACGGGAAAAUUAAAUGCCAUUCACAAUCUUCCUGGCAUUGUCGGUUGUGACAGGAUUGUUAUGUUGAGUCUCAAGUUUCCACUCUCAUGCUGCGUUUGUAACCAUGUGGGAGGUGGGAAUUUACCAGUUUUCAAGUCCAUAAAUAAAUAUCAGUUGGAUGCAUUCAUGUGAUUGGAUCUCGUUGAGAAACGCUGAUUGACUAAUGGCCAACAAGCUGCGUCAACCAUAAACUAAAAGUACAGCUAUCAUGCGUGUAAACAAAUUAUAGUUUCAAAACCUCAGUAAUAGAUGCUGUAAUGGUGUUUUUUUUAUAAUGAAUGUUUUCUUGCAUUUAACUGCCAAAGAUUCUCUUAAGUGGCCAUUUCUGUCAUAAGUGACUACAGAGGUCACCAUCCAUGUGCGAGAAGUGGUUGCUCAGGAUGAUCGACAAAUUUCCCACAAGUAAUUCAUUACCAGUUAGAGGGCUGUUCAAGUGGAUUUUUCCCAGUAGUAUGUGGUAAAUUCCCACUUCCCACUUGGUAACAAAUGCACCAUGACUCUGCCUCCUUCAGUGCCAGAUGCACACUUGUAGCUCUCGUAAAGGGGCCGUGUCUGUAGCACAGUACAUGUCCCACUCCAGGGUAAGGUGAUGGGCUGUCACAAUUAAGUGCAACACAGGGUGCAUUGGCCAAUUCAUUGAAAACGUUGGCUUUGGCCUGCUUAUAUAGAGCGGGUAUGAUCUGUUGACUGAAACGGGUGCAAGAGGGAAGUUCGUAACAUGGCUCGAUCACUUUCACGAGGUGCUGAAACCCGCUAUUCUCAACUACUGAGAAUGGGUGCAUAUCCGUGGCUAUAAACCAAAGAAAGGUUUAAAAAAUAUAUACACUUAGCCAAACUGUCACUCUUGUAAUUUAUUUGUCCCGGUCAGAUUUAGCUGCUUGAAUUUAGAGGGGAGACAUUGUUUCUGUCUUGCGCCGGUAUACUGGAGUGAUGUCGGCGUAAAUGUGCCAACAUAUUUGAGGUGUUGGCAGCUGCAUAGGUGACAUUGUUAUCCACAACUCUCUAUCCAUUGCGGUUGUAAUUUACUGGGAGGAAACCAAAAUGUUCUCAAACUUGAGAUCUAAACGAUGAUGGAGGAUCCUCUAAUUCUGGUUUGUUGACCCCACCACUCGCCAUUAUGCAGAACAAAUUCUUUGCUGCGCCUCACAAAAUUUUGAAAUGCUCAAAACUAAGAUUGUAAUUAAUUGUAAUGUGCACAUAGACUGUACUUGUUUUAACGGAAUAGCCUGAAAUGUUUUUUCAGAUCACAUUUACUCGAGGCGUAGGCCUACAAUGCAGCAUAGGCAUAGCCUUAAGGCCUAGUGUUUUUAUGUUGUAAAUAAAAACAUUUUAACGUAUUUUAAUUUGGGUUCACAGUGUGGACGGUUUGGUACAAAUACAUGUACGGUUACACCCUUGCUGUGUAUGGUGAUGUUAUAUUGCAGAGUCUACCUUUUUUAACAUGUGCUUAAACAUGAUGAUGAGGCCAGUGCAGCUUUUUUAUAAAUAGUAAAGAUGGAUGUAAAGUGAAUCAAUUAUGACAAACCAUGAUGGCACAUAAAGUGCCUUCAGAAACUAUUCAAACCGCUUGAAGUUUUCCAUACUUUGUUGUGUUACAGCCUGAAAUUUCUUGUCAAUAACUACUCAACACCUUUUGUUAUGGCUAGCCUAAAUCAGUUCAGGAGUAUCUAUUGGUAAAUGGGUAAAAAGCAGAUGUUGAAUAACCCUUUAAGCAUGGUGAAGUUAUUAAUUACACUUUGGACACCCAGUCACUCACUACAAAGAUUCAGGCGUCUUUCCUAUCUCAGUUGCCAGAGAGGAAGGAAACCGCUCAGGGAUUUCACCAUGAGGCCAAUGGUGACUUUAAAACCGUAGCAGAGUGUAAUGGAUGUGACAGGAGAUCUGAGGGAUCAUAAACAUUGUAGUUACUCCACUAUACUAACCUAAAUGACAGAGUGAAAAGAAGGAAACCUGUACAGAACAAGGCACUUAAGUAAUACUGCAAAAAAUGUGGCAAAGUUAAUGCUUUGUAUUUCAGGACAAAAAGUUAUGUUUUGUGCAAAUCCAGCACAACACAUCACUGAGUACCACUCUUCAUAGUGGAGGCUGCAUUAUGUUAUGGGUAUGCUUGUCAUCGGCAAAGACCCCCCCCCCCCCCCCCCAAAAUAAAAAUAAUUUGCAGGCAAAAUCUAAUACAAGCCUUGAAAAGGGCGUUCAAUUAUCAACAACCUGCUUCAGAGCAUAAAGAAUUUAAAAAAAAGAUUAAUGUGCAAAUAUUGUAAAUCCAGGUGUGCACAGCUCCGAGACUUACUGAGAAAGACUCACCUCUGUAAUCCAUGCCAAUGCUGAUUCUAACAUGUUUAUUUCAUAUGGCAAAUCAGUUAGGUAAAACUUUUAUAUUUUCAAUGACGGCCUAGGAACAGUGGGUUAAUCUUGAAACUCCCCAUCCCGGAUCCGGGAUCGUGACUAAAGCCUCAGGCUCAUUAGCAUAACGAGCAUAAAAUUAGCAUAAAAUCGCAAAUAAAAUGAAAAUAAUGCGCCUGCUCUCAAGCUUAGCCUUUUCUUAACAACACUGUCAUCUCAGAUUUUCAAAAUAUGCUUUUGAACCAUAGCAAUUGACUAAUUUGUGUAAGAGUAUGCUAAGCUAGUUUAGCAUUUUGAGUAGCAUUUAGCACGCAACAUUUUCACAAAAACCAGAUAACCAAAUAAAUAAAAUCAUUUACCUUUUGAAGAGCUUCGGAUGUUUUCAAUGAGGAGACUCUCAGUUACAUACCAAAUGCGCAGUUUUUCCUGAAAGCGUCUGUGUGUAGGAGAAAUCGCUCCGUUUUGUACAUCACAUUUGGCUAACGAACCGAAAAUUCAGUCACCUAAAACGUCAAACUUUUUCCGAAUUAACUCCAUAAUAUCGACCGAAACAUGGCAACCGUUGUUUGGAAUCAAUCCUCAAGGUGUUUUUUCACAUAUCUCUUCAUUGAUUUAUCGUUCGUGGAAGCCUGCAUUCUUCUCUGAAUUCUGUGGAAAAAUACUUGCAGCUGACUUUUGCGCACCAGUUUCGGUGCAGGACACCGGGCGGACACCUAGUAAAUGUGGUCUCUUAUGGUCAAUCUUCCAAUGAUAUGCCUACAAAUACGUCACAAUGCUGCAGACACCUUGGGGAAAUGACAGAAAGGGCAGACUUACUCCUCUCGCAUUCACAGCCAUAUAAGGAGACAAUGGAAAACAGAGCCUCAAAAAUCCUGCUCAUUUCCUGGAUGCCGUCUCAUCUUGGUUUUGCCUGAAGCUCACGUUCUAGGGCACGCACAGAAAAUAUCUUUGCAGUUCUGGAAACGUCAGAGUGUUUUCUUUCCAAAGCUACCAAUUAUAUGCAUAGUCGAGCAUCUUUUUGUGACAAAAUAUCUUGUUUAAAACGGGAACGUUUUUCAUCCAAAAAUGAAAUUGCGCCCCUCGAGUUUCAAGAGGUUAUUAACUGCCUGUUCAGGGGCAGAACGACAGAUUUGUACCUUGUCUGCUCGGGGAUUUGAACUUGCAACCUUCCAGUUACUAGUCCAACACUCUAACCACUAGGCUACCCUGCCGACUCAGGGGUGUGAAUACUUAUGUUUAUGAGGUUGUUGUACUUCAUUUGCAAAAAUGGAUAAAAACUUUCACUUUGUGGGGUAUUGUGUCUGAAGGGAAAGCAAUGGCUGUAACACAACAAAAUGUGAAAUAAGUUAAGGGGUCUGAAUACUUUCCACAUUUGUUACGUUACAGCCUUAUUCUAAAAUGGAUCUGAAAAAGAAAAUCCUCACUACCCAAUACAUUUUUGCUAAUUUGUUUAAAAAAAAUAAACCGAUGCCUUAUUUAUAGAAGUAUUCUGAACCCUUUAGUAUGAGAUCACAAGUGCGUCAUUAUGGGGUAUUGUGUUUAGAUUGAUGAAAAAUGAUUUUUCAUCCAUUUUAGAAUAAGGCUGUAAUGUAACAAAAUGUGGAAAAAGUCAAGGGGUCUGAAUACUUUCUGAAUGGACUGUAUACACGAAGCAUUCCUUGUUAUGUUUGUCAUGUUUUUUGCCUUGUUUUAUUUAAGAGUUUAUUUCUAUGAAAUGUUAUUUGUAUGAUUUGCUACAUGUACUAUAAAGGAUAAAAUGAUAAGCUGUUACAUUUGGUCUAGAACAAGAUAAAUAGUUGUUACUUUGGGGGGGUAUUUGUUUGUAAAAUUGCCAUAGCGUGGGUUGCAAAAUGUAAGGGUAUCUUUCCCAAAAUUCUCGGGUUUCAGGAAUCGUCCAACCAGGAUUUCUGGAAAACGGUGGAAUUUUGGGUAAGUCAACAUCCACACUAAAUGUGUCUCUGCAGAUGACAUGCAUCAGAUUAAGUUGUAUAGAAAAUGGACAAGUGGUAAAUGUGCUAUGCUUAGCCAUUGUCAGGACCAGAGGGACCGAUUUCCCCCACCCCCUCCAAAUAACAUUAUGGACACACCAGUGUUUAGUAAAUCUGCUGUGGAGGUUUAGGCAUUGCUCUGAGCUUGGUGAUACGUUUGUGGAAGCUUGACAUACCGUAUGUAGAAAAGCAAGCUCAUGGCAAACAAAAUAGGUCCCUAGGAAAGAGAAAGCAGAAACCUCUGUCUUGUGCCUUGACAUUGCUCUUCAAAAUAAAGAUCCCUUUGUUUUGUAAAUCAUUCAGACGUAUCCAUCCUAUUUAAAAAAAUAAAAAUAAUUAACACUUUAAAAUGUUUUAGAAGUUUUAGAGUUUUCACUUAUUCUAUACAUACAAUAUAUUCUCAUACUGUACGACUUAAACUUUCCAAUGCUUGAGUAGUCCAGAAUGACUUAAGACUCCCUGUUGCCUGGUACUAAAAUGAGGGCAUGCAUGCUCAGGCUGGCUGUGUAAGGCAGUAAGGUGUCCUGAUGUGCCGGAUACGGGGGCAUUCCACGAGGUCCCGGUCCGAGUUUUCCACAUUUGACUGGCUCUGGGAACCUGGCCCACACUUAGAAACUACCAAUCAGGCCAAUCUUCCCCCACAGUGGAAAAAUCCAUUGGUCAUCAGACCUGUGCUUAUCACUGGGAUCACAGUCACUGACAAGCCCUGGAAUCUAUCUGGAGUUCCAUAAGGGUCAGUUGUGGCGCCACUUAAAGUUUUCAAGCGAUGGUGACACACUGUUAAGAGAAGUCUCCAGGCGCAUCAUUUGUGUUUUAAUUAGUUGCCGCACAGCUCAGCUGCUCCUGUAAGUUGCACCUUCUCUCAAUGGGUCACUGCCAUCUUUGGUAAUACAUUGUGUGCAGCAUUUUUUUUAAAAUGAUUUAUGAAUUAAUCACAUUCUUUAUGUCAGGGUGAAAGGUUAUUUUUGUCUUCAUGUACCGAAGUGGCUGUUAUACAGAUUUGUACUAUUUCCUGGUGUUAUCUCAUACUGUAGCCACCUCAGUGCUUUCUCGAACGAUCAUUGUGGGCAGGGAUACUCAACUAGAUUCAGCUGCGGGACCUUUUCUUUGUUUUCUUGAGAGAGGGUGGUCAGGGGGCCGGAACAUAAUUUCAAAUCAUUUGUAGACUGCAAAUUGACCGCAAGAAACCCAAACAUAUAUAAUAUUUGACUAAAACACAAUUUCAAACCUUGCUUACAUUUGUAUAUGAUGGAAAUACUUGAACAUAUUUCCCAAAUUAAAAUCACUUGAAGCUGAUUUCCUAGUGUUUAUUGUCCAACAAUGAAAAUUCAACCAAAAAACCUUGGGUGCCAAAUUAAACCGCAGGCUGCCAGUUGAGGAACCCUGCUACAGGGAGACCCUUAAGUCACCAAUGGUUCGUUUUUAGAAUAUCGCAGAGUUGUGGCACAUACAAAAUAUUGAAAUUAAUUAUGACAUUUCACAGACCAGGUCAUCUCAGUACAGCUUUGUUUGGUGUGGCUCAGUUCGGCUCAGUAGUGUGAAAAGCCUUUUUUUGUGGUAGGCAUUCACCAUAUUGCUCUCCUUUUACUGUGUUCUUAGGCCAGCAUAAGAUAUGAGAGCAACCUCAUUGAGAUGCAUCUCAUGUCUGAAGGCACUGCAGACUCCUUGGAGGAGUGCCCUACUGUAAAUGACAGAGUAUUAGGAUCUUAUUAGCUCACUUCACCGCUGCCGAGAAAGGUGUUUUAGGAUGUAAUGAGGGCCUUCUGCACCGAGUCUAUGGGGAAGAAGAGGUAGACAAAUACUCUGGAAGUGUGGAGGCAGCCACAACACGGGCUACUAGUUUUAAUGGGUUUCGAAGUCUGGAGACUUGGGAAAUUUUGAGUACAGGUGGUGGCCUUCAAUAGGUUAUAGAUUCUGCAUGGCUGUAGAUCAAGUGUUGAUGUUUUUUUUAUUUGCUUACUCAUUUCUUGUGACUAGUCUAAAACAACACUUGCUGACCUACAAACAAACAUACUACUGUAUAAACAUCAAUGCAGUCAUUUCUGCAAAAAUUGUCCCUAUACUGUAGUUCCAAAGUCUUAGAUAUAUGUCAAAUUGAGCAGAGUGACUGAUUUAUCUAUGAUUUAUCCCAUAACUUUAUUCAUGUGAGGUGAAUUGAUGUCAAAGUUGUAUCCUGUGAAACUCAUGGUCAUCCUAUCCCAAUAGAAUGAGAACCUAUACAAAGUACGUAAUAAUAAAAGUACUGCCAGUGGCAAUGUGAUAUUAGAACAAUCCACAUCAUUCAAGUCAGAUUCAUAACAACUUGAGCUAGCAGUUAGCCAGCAUCCUAAACUGUUAUCUUUGAGCUGAUACAAUUAGAGAACGUAGACAAAUGUGUUCAAUAUACUUCCUGUAAAGGAUUGUACUGACAUAGAUGAUAUAGAUCCGUGUUUCCGAACCUUGGUCCUCGAGUACCCGCAACAGUACACAUUUGUGUUGUAACCCUGGACAAGCACACCUGGUUCAACUUGUCAACUAAUCAUCAAGCCCUCAAUGAGUUGAAUGAGGUGUGUUAGUUAUGAGCAACAAUGAAACUGUGUAUUGUUGGGGUUACUCGAGGACCAGGGUUGAGAAAGUGAUCGGUAAGCUGCUCAGAUAGCUGAUGCUUAAAGUUAGAGGGAAAUACGUCUCCAGCUUCAGCAAAAAAAAAAAAUUAUUUUAUUUUUGCAAUAUUCAUUCCAGUUAUUGGCAGCAGAGAACUGGAAGGAAAGGCAUCCAAAAUAGGUGUUGGCUUUGGGGAUGACCAGUGAGAGAGACCUGCUGAAGCGUAUGCUACGGGAGGGUGUUAUGGUGACCGGUGAGCUGACAUAAGGCAGAGCUUUACCUAGCAAAGACUUAUAGAUGACCUGGAGCCAGUGGGUCUGGCGCCGAAUAUGUAGCGAGGGCCAGCCGGCGAGAGCAUACAGGUCACAGUUGUGGGUGCUAUUGGGCUUUGGUGACAAAACGGAUGGCACUGUGAUAGACUGCAUCCAGUUUGCUGAGUAGAGUGUUGGAGGCUAUUUUGUAAAUUACAUCGCCGAAGUCAAGGAUCGGUAGGAUAGUCAGUUUUACAAUGGUUUGUUUGGCAGCGUGAAUGAAGGAGCCUUUGUUGCGAAAUAGGAAGCCAAUUCUAGAUUUAAUUUUGGAUUGGAGGAACUUAAUGAGUCUGGAAGGAGAGUUUACAGUCUAGCCAGACGCACAGAAUAUGUGGACAACUACAAAUACCUGAGUCAGAACCAUCCAGAGUAGUGAUGCUAGUCGGGUGGGCGGGUGCGGACAGCAAUCGGUUGAAGAGCAUGUAUUUAGUUUUACUGGCGUUUUAAGAGCAGUUGGAGGCCACGGAAGGAUUGUGUGGCAUUGAAGCUCGUUUGCAGGUUUGUUAAGUGUCCAAAGAAGGGCCAGAUGUAUACAGAAUGGUGUCGUCUGCGUAGAGGUGGAUCAGAGAAUCAAAACGUUUUGAGAAUGAUACAAAUAUACAUUUUCACAAAGUCUGCUGCCUCAGUUUGUAUGAUGGCAUUUUGCUUAUACUCCUGAAUGUUAUGAAGAGUGAUAAGAUGACUUGCAAUUAAUUGCAAAGUCCCUUUUUGCCAUGCAAAUGAACUGAAUCCCCCCCAGAAAAAUUCCACUGCAUUUCAGCCCUGCCACAAAAGGACCAGCUGACAUCAUGUCAGUGAUUCUCUCGUUAACACAGGUGUGAGUGUUGACGAGGACAAGGCUGGCGAUCACACUGUCAUGCUGAUUGCAUUCGAAUAACAGACUGGAAGCUUCAAAAGGAGGGUGGUGCUUGGAAUCAUUGUUCUUCCUCUGUCAACCAUUGUUACCUGCAAGGAAACAUGUGUCGUCAUCAUUGCUUUGCACAAAAAGGGCUUUACAGGCAAGGAUAUUGCUGCCGGUGAGAUUGCACCUAAAUCAACCAUUUAUCGGAUCAUCAAGAUCUUCAAGGAGAGCGGUUCAAAUGUUGCACCCAAAGUCCAGCAAGUGCCAGGACCAUCUCCUAAAGUUGAUUCAGCUGCGGGAUCAGAGCACAACCAGUACAGAGCUUGCUCAGGAAUGGCAGCAGGCAGGUGAGUGUGCAUCUGCACACACAGUGAGUCAAAGACUUUUGGAUGAUGGCCUGGUGUCAAGAAGGGCAGCAAAGAAGCCACUUCUCUCCAGGAAAAACAUCAGGGACAGACCUGAUAUUCUGAAAAAGGUACAGAGGUUGGACUGCUGAGGACUGGGGUAAAGUAAUUUUCUCUGAAUCCCCUUUCAAUUGUUUGGUGCAUCCGGAAAAAAUCUUGUCCGGAGAAGACAAGGUGAGCGCUACCAUCAGUCCUGUGUCAUGCCAACAGUCAAGCAUCCUGAGACCAUUCAUGUGUGGGGUUGCUUCUCAGCCAAGGGAGUGGGUUCACUCACAAUUUUGCCUAAGAACAAAACCAUGAAUAAAGAAAAGUACCAACACAUCCUCCGAGAGCAACUUCUCCCAAGCAUCCAUGAACAGUUUGGUUACGAACCAUGCCUUUUCUAGCAUGAUGGAGAACAUUGCCAUAAGGCAAAAUUGAUAACUAAGUGGCUUGGGGAACAAAACAUCGAUCUUUUGGGUCCAUGGCCAGGAAACUCCCCAGACCUUAAUCCCAUUGAGAACUUGUGGUCAAACCUCAAGAGGCGGGUGGACAAACAAACAAAAAACAAAUUCUGACAAACUCCAAGCAUUGAUUAUGCAAGAAUGGGCUGCCAUUAGUCAGGAUGUGGCCCAGAAGUUAAUUGACAGCAUGCCUGGGCGGAUUGCAGAGGUCUUGAAAAAGAAGGGUCAACACUGCAAAUAUUGAAUCUUUGCAUCAACUUCAAGUAAUUGUCAAUAAAAGCCGUUGACACUUAUGAAAUGCUUGUAAUUAUACUUCACUAUUCCAUAGUAACAUCUGACAAAAAUAUCUAAAGACACUGAAGCAGCAAACUUUGUGGAAAUUCAUAUUUGUGUCAUUCUCAAAACUUUUGGCCACGACUGUAUACAGAGAAAACAGUCAGCCAGAGAAUUGCACCCUGUGGUACCUCCAUAGACUGCCAGAGGUCCAGACAACAGGUCCUCCGAUUUGACCCACUGAACUCUGUCUAGGAAGUAGUUGGUGAACCAGGCGAGGCAGUCAUUUGAGAAACCAAGGCUGUUGAGUCUGCCGAUAAGAAUGUGGUGAUUGACAAAGUCGAGCUUUGGCCAGGUCAAUGAAGACGGCUGCACAGUACUGUCUUUUAUCGAUGACGGUUAUGAUAUCGUUUAGUACCUUAAGCAUGGCUGAGGUGCACCCGUGAUCAGCUCGGAAACCGGAUUACACAGAGGAGAAGGUAUGGUGGGAUUUGAAAUGGUCAGUGAUCUGUUAACUUGACUUUAGAAAGGCAGGGCAGGAUGGAUAUAGGUCUGUAACAGUUUGGGUCUAGAGUGUCACCCCCUUUGAAAAGGGGGAUGACUGCGGCAGCUUUCCAAUAUUUAGGAAUCUCGGACGAUACGAAAGAGAGGUUGAACAGACUGGUAAUAGAGGUUGCAACAAUGGUGGAGAGGUCCAGAUUGUCUAGCCCAGAUGAUUUGUAUGGGUCCAGGUUUUGCAGCUCUUUCAGAACAUCGGCUAUCUGGAUUUGGUGAAGGAGAAGCUGGGGAGGCUUGGGAAAGUAGCUGUUUGCCGGGGUUGCGGUAGCCAGAAGGAAAGCAUGGCCAGCCGUAGAGAUGCUUCUUGAAAUUCUCGAUUAUCAUGGAUUUAUUGGUGGUGACAGUGUUUCCAAACCUCAGUGCAGUGGGCAGCUGGGAAGAGGUGCUCUUAUUCUCCAUGGACUUUACAGUGUCCCAAAACUUUUUGGAGUUAGAGCUACAGCUUCUUUAAAAAAAAACUAGCCUUUGCUUUCAUGACUGUGUGGUUCCUGAAUUCCCUGAAAAGUUUCAUAUCACGGAGACUAUUCAAUGCUAGUGCAGUCCGCCACAGGAUGUUUUUGUGCUGGUCGAGGGCAGUCAGGUCUGGAGUGAACCAAGGGCUAUAUCUGUUCUUAGUUCUACAUUUUUUGAAAGUAGCAUGCUUAUUUAAGAUGAUGAGGAAAUUACUUUUAAAGAACAACCAAGCAUCCUCUACUGACGGGAUGUGGUCAAUAUCCUUCCAGGAUACUCGGGCCAGGUUGAUUAGAAAGGCCUGCUUGCAGAAGUGUUUUAGGGAGCUUUUGACAGUGAUGAGGGGUGGACGUUUGACCACGGAUGCAGGCAAUGAGGCUGAUAUCCUGAUUUGAAAACAGCAGAGGUGUAUUUGAAGGGCAAGUUUGUCAGGAUGAUAUCUAUAAAGGUGCCCAUGUUUAUGGAUUUAGGGUUGUACCUGGUUGGUUCCUUGAUAGUUUGUGUGAGAUUGAGGAAAUCUAGCUUAUAUUGUAGGAUGCCCGGUGUGUUAAGCAUAUCCCAGUUUAGGUCACCUAGCAGAACGAACUGUGAAGAUAGAUGGGGGGCAAUCAAUUCACAUAUGAUGUCCAGGGCACAGCUGGGAACUGAAGGGGGUCUAUGACAAGCAGAAAUAGUGAGAGAUGUAUUUCUGGAGAGAUUCAUUUUUAAAAUUAGAAACUCGAACUGUUUGGGCAUAGACCUGAAAAGUAUGACAGCCUGCAAAGUUCUAUCUCUGCAGUAGAGUUUAAACCUCAGAAUUUUUGGUGGCCUUCCUAAGCCACGAUUCAGACACGGCAAGGACAUCAGGGUUGGCGGAGUGUGCUUAUGUAGUGAAUAAAACUAACUUAAGGAGGAGGCUUCUGAUGUUAACAUGCAUGAAACCAAGGCUUUUACGGUUACAGAAGUCAACAAAUGAGAGCGCCUGGGGACAUACAGGGCCUGGGUUAACCUCCACAUCACCAGAGGAACAGAGGAGGAGCAGGAUGAGGGUAUUGCUAAUAGCUAUCAAUACUGGUCUAGUGCGUUGGGGACAGAGAAGAAAAGGAGCAGAUUUCUGUGUGUGGUAGGAUAGAUUCAGGGCAUAAUGUACAGACAGGGCUAUGGUUGGGUGCAGGUGAAGUGGCGGUAAACCUAGGCAGUGAGUGACGAUGCAUCUCUGGACACACUAGUUAUGCUGGGUGAGGUCACUGCAUGUCUGGGAGGUGGGACAAAAGAGGUAUCUGAGGCAUGUUGAGUGGGACUAGGGGCUCCCCAGUAAAAUAAAACAAUGAUAACUACCCUAAACAACAGUAUACAAGGCAUAUUGACAUUAGAGAGAGACAUAAAGCAAGGCAUAAAGCAAUCACAGGUGUUGAUUGGGAGAGCUAGCUAAGACAACAAUUGGUAAGACAACAACAGAUAAUCAGAUAAGACAACAACAACAGGUAAAAUGGCAAUGAAUGGGCAGAGAGGGUCAGUUAACUACACACAGGGCCUGAGUUUGAGGCUGGUGCCGACAGAAACAAAAUGGAGUACCGUGAUUAAUGAACAGUCCAGCAGGCAUCAGUUAUGUAGCCAAGUGAUCAUAGGGUCUAGUGAACAGCAAUAAAUGAAACUGAAGCCGCUAGUUUGUCGUUUCUACCCUAACAAGCGACAGAAACAGAGUUCAUAAAGUUAGCAGGCCGGGGCAAGCAGAAGCGUUUUCAGACUAGUCGUGAUGGAUCGGCGGGGCUCCGUGUCGACAAAGGGUCCAGGCCAAUUGGCAAAAGAGUUAUUGUAGCUGGAGUAAUUUUGUUAGUCUUAAGCCAGGCGCAUCUCCCAGCUAGUCAACUGGUGCUAGCUUUGGGACAAGGGCGUUAGCCACUAAAGCCACUCUGUAGCAACUAGCUAGCUGCGAUGAUCCGAUGCUAAGGUCCUGAGACUUAGCCAUUUAUUGCUGUUCACUGGAUUACGGCAGGAAUCCGGUGAUGUAGUGGAUUAUAGUUGUGUUAGUGAAGAGUCCAGGAGGCAUCCGCUGUGUAGCCAAGUGAUCAUAGGGUCCACUGAGCAGGCCGGGAGAUGGGCCUGGCUCAAGGCUAGCUUCGGGGCUGGGCCACUCGGUAGCAGCUAGCUAGCUGUGAUGAUGAGGAGUAAUGGUCCAGGGUUUACGGCAGGAAUCCGGUGUUGUAGUGGAGAAAAGCAGUCCGGUAUGCUCAGGGUUGAUAUCGCUAAAAGCGGUUGGUGUUUGAGCUAAAGGUAAAGGAGUGGCUAACAAUGACUAAAUAGCUAGUAGCUAAUUAGCUGGUUAGCUUCUGAUGGCUAGCUUCUGAUGGAGGUUCUAGCUAUAAGGUAUAAAAAUAGCAGAUCCGUAUCACAUUGGGUGAGGCGGGUUGCCGGAAGGUAUAUUUAAUUUAAAAAUGGAAAAAGAGAUUUUAGUAUAUUGAAAUAUUAUUUUUUUAAAGAUGGAAAAAAAGAAACGGGACAACGACAAACAACAUCUGCACUGCUACGCCAUCAUUGCAUGCAAUCUCAACGCUGUGCGUUACAGGGAAGACAUCCUCCUCCCUCAUGUGGUACCCUUCCUGCAGGCUCAUCCUGACAUGACCCUCCAGCAUGACAAUGCCACCAUCCAUACUACUUGUUCUGUGCGUGAUUUCCUGCAAGAUAGGUAUGUCAGUGUUCUGCCAUGGUCAGCGAAGAGCCUGGAUCUCAAUCACAUUGAGCAUGUAUGGGACCUGUUGGAUCGGAGGGUGAGGGCUAGGGUCAUUUCCCCCAGGAAUGUCCGGGAACUUGCAAGUACUUUGGUGGAAGAACGUGGUAACAUCUCACAGAAAGAACUGGCAAAUCUUCAGUCCACAAGGAGGAUAUGUACUGCAGUACUUAGUAUCUGGUGUGGCCACCAGCUGAAUUGACUGUUACUUUUGAUUUUGACCCCCCCUUGUUCAGGGACACAUUAUUCCAUUUCUGUUAAUCACAUGUCUGUGGAACUUGUUCAUAUGUCUCAGUUGUUGAAUCUUGUUAUGUUCAUACAAAUAUUUACACAUGUUAAGUUUGCUGAAAAUAAACGCAGUUGACAGUGA